GAAAUUUACUGUUUCGCGCGUGAUAAAUUGAUAAUACCGACGCGGUGAUGUAAACACGAGGAGUAGCGCUUCUACUAGCCAGAGAAUUUGUUUAAUCGAUAAAAUUACUAAGGUUGUUUAUCAUGUUAACCGUCGUAACGAGAUCUGAUAUAAUCUCAAGGCUGUGUCGUAGUCUACUUCUUCGUAGAAUUUUGAUUAAGAAACGAGCCAUUUUACAAUCAAAUAGGCCCAGCAGUUACAUUACAGGUUAUGUCAACCACAAUGUAAUACAUUUUCCGAGGAAAAAUACACGAAUGAUACUACAAUCGUGCAUAAAAAAUUUCAGUACGGAUACUGGACAUUUGACAGAAACCAAACUCAGCUUUGUGCAAUACGAGAAGAUUUGUGAAGAAACUUUGGACUCGUUAACAGAAUACUUUGAGGAAUUAGUUGAAGCUGCAGAGCAUUUGCCAGAUGCUGAUGUUUCUUAUGGAGAUGGUGUGCUGACUGUGAAAUUUGGGGAGCCAUAUGGUACUUAUGUUAUAAAUCGUCAAACACCAAACAAGCAGAUUUGGCUCUCCUCUCCAAAAUCUGGACCAAAACGUUAUGAUUUUAUAAAUGGCCAGUGGAUAUACAAGCAUGAUCACAAAAGUUUACACGAACUGCUUAAUAAUGAAAUACCAGCAAUUGUGAGGAGUGAAGUGUGCUUUGACAAAUGUUCUUUUAGUGGUACAGAGAAACAAGUUGAUAGAUAGUUCUUAUAAAAAAUAUAAUAUAAAAAUUUAGUUACAAUUGCUUGAAUCUAUAUUCACUUAAUAUGAUUGUUACUAGAGACUAAUUAAACAUUACUGAAGGUCUGAUUUAUAAAAAUUGUACAUAAAACUAAUAUAAAAAGCCAAAAGAAACGAAACUGAUAUAUAUAAGAGCUGCAUUAACAACUAAAUUAAAGAAACUUCAUGUGAGUAAUUUUAAUCUAAUUGCAAUAUGUCGCAUAUAUUUGCACUGCAAUGACAAUGAAUUCUAUAAUGGCACAUGUACAUACAAUCUUAUUUAUUAUUAUGCUUUAUGUUGCAACGAAAUAUUGACAAAUGUGAAUUAACUCUCCUCUUAAAGAGAGAAUGAAUGUCAAUAUAUUAUAAGCUGAUAUAAAAUGUAUAAUGAAAUUUUUGA